AUGGACCUCGUGGAGAAGACCAAGGCGGAUUUAUUCUCUGACGGGAAGAAGCACUUCAGGUACUUCGACGUUUGGAAGCUUGUCGAGAAGAGCCCGAAGUACACCGGUGGGGCAGAACCGGCGGCAAAAAGAUCAACAACAAAAGGGAAGAUCAUGGCCUCCACAAUGAAGAAGAAAGAAGAGAUAACUCCACAGCUAACUGAUUUCAUAUUUUCAUGGUCCAUUUCUGACAUAAUCAACAAAGAUCUUUACAAAGACAAGGUUGAUAAAAUUCCAACUACAUUUGCAUCAGUUGAUCAUUACUUGAAGUCAUUUACAAUACCCCUCAUUGAAGAAACACACGCUGCUAUUCUUUCAAAUGUGACUGCAUUGCACUCUGCUCCCUCGCGCGAGGUCUACAAAGUCAAGAGACCAAAGUCGACUAAGCCAGAUGAUCAUAUCUUCCUGUACGACAUAACGUUGAAAGCACGGGAGAUGCAUUCACCAAAACUAUAUGAGCCUCAGUUUUUGGAUUUGGUUGCAUUGUCAGAUAUUAGGCCUAAGUGUGUUAGUGAUUUGGAUAGGCCUAAAUCACCGUUCACUCUCGCAGUAGUCACACGUGCGCCUGAUGAAGCCUCUGUCGUGAUACGGGUUGUGUCUUCGAAGCCAGUCUUGUUUGAGAAUAGCAAAAAUGGAGAUAAGCUCUUUGUUGUCUGUCUAGCAAACUUGAACACCAAUGAUCGGAUUAGGGGCGCGUUGCAUCCUCGAAAAGAGGCAAACACGAGCAUCUUCACUUCUGUCCUUUCAGUUAGUCCAUAUGUAGAAGAGAAUUGUGAUUUUUGCAGCUCCAAGAGAGUUGAGAGCACCAAAAUGGCGAAUUCGAGGGAGAUUAUCGCCUCAUUUGGGCUUGAUGAUUCGCAGAAGGCUGCAGUUUCAAACUGCGUUGCGCUAACAGAAUGCAGCCACAGGAACGGUGUGAAGCUGAUAUGGGGCCCUCCCGGGACGGGGAAGACUAAGACCAUUUCCUCUCUAGUAUACACACUUAUGAAGUUGAAGUGCAGGACUGUGACAUGUGCUCCCACAAAUGUUGCCAUUUUGGGAGUGGUUAAGAGGUUGAUGAGUUGUAUGAGUGAGAAACUCGAGCACGAGGCCUAUGGUUUGGGAGAUGUAGUUUUGUUUGGAAAUGGUCAGAGGAUGAAGAUUGACGAGCAUCAAGAACUUCAUGAUGUGUUUCUUGAUCUUCGGAUUUCUGAGCUGGGACGCCUCCUUGCUCCUGUCAUCGGGUGGAAGGGCGUUGCAAAUGACAUGAUCUCCAUCCUUGAGGACCCUCAAGGAGUAUAUAAACGCUACUUGGAGCAAGUUAAAAGGAACGACGACGAAACAGGUCUAUCCAUAGAAGCUGCUUUGAUUGGAUUGUUUAGCAAGAAUAGACACGAGAACAAUGAAAACAACUCUGAUGUGUGGACAUUGGAGGAGUUCUUCGAAAAUAAAUUCGUUUCUGUCAAGACGCGAUUAGUCAGUUGCAUAACAGGGUUGACCACACACUUGCCUACUUCUUUGCUACGUUUUGAAAUGCAAGAGAAGAUGAUGAGAGUUUCAAAUAUGCUCCAAACACUAGAAACAUUUCUGCAUCACAAACAGCAAUUUAUGCAAAAUGAAGCUUUCUGCAAGUCCAAAAACAAGUGUUUGUUUCUAGUGAAAUCCUUUGCUUACACUUUAUCACUCCCAGAAUUGGAAGAGUAUAACACCAUCAAGGAGUUUUGUCUCAAAAAUGCUUGCUUAAUCUUCUGCACUGUCUCAAGCUCCGCGAAGCUGCACCACAUCAAGGAAAUGACACCAUUUGAGCUGGUGAUCAUAGAUGAAGCUGCACAGGUCAAGGAAUGUGAGUCUUCAAUCCCCCUGCAGCUUCCGGGGCUGCGCCAUGCCAUACUAGUCGGAGACGAGAAACAGCUCCCUGCAAUGGUCAUGAGCAAGAAGUGCGAAAAGGCGGGAUUCGGGAGAAGCUUAUUCGAGAGGCUUGUGACGUUAGGGCACAGAAAGCAUCUCCUCAAUGUGCAGUACAGAAUGCACCCUUCUAUAAGCUUGUUUCCAAAUCAAGAAUUCUAUGGAAACAAGAUCAAGAAUGGGAGUAAUGUCAUGGAAAGUGGCUAUAACAGAAGCUUCUUUGAUAGAGAAGGCUAUGGCUCAUAUUCAUUCAUCAAUGUAGCAAAUGGGAGAGAGGAAUUCGACAAAAGGCGUAGCCUUAUGAACAAUGCAGAGGUGUCUAUGGUUCUUCAAUUAGUAUUCAAAAUCCAUAAAGAAUGUGUGAAGUCGAAGAAAAGGGUGGGGAUUGGCUGCAUAUCUCCGUAUAAAGCUCAAGUAAACGCGAUGGAGGAGGCGCUUGGGAAGGCCUACAGCAGUGAUGCGGAUGCAGAAUUCUCAGUGAGGGUGAGGUCUGUGGAUGGAUUUCAAGGAGGAGAGGAGGACGUGAUCAUAAUCUCCACGGUUAGGAGCAAUGGGAGGAGCUCGGUUGGGUUUCUUGAUAAUCGACAGAGGGCUAACGUGGCCUUGACUCGAGCAAGGUACUGUCUGGUGAUACUAGGCGAUGGUGAAACUCUGUCUAGGAGCGGCUGCGUUUAG